AUGUCAAGUCUACCAGAAGAGAUUUAUCUCGACAUUCUUCUGAGGGUACCUGGGAAAUCAGCAUUUGCAUGUAAGUUCCUUUGCAAGUCUUGGUAUUCUAUAAUUUCGAACCCUGAAUUUGUAAAACAGCAUCUUAGUUUUGCUACACAAACAAACAACUAUAGUCCAAUGCUUCAGAACUAUGCUCCAUUUUCUGAUCAUAGUUUUCGUUCCAUAAGUCAUGAUUCAUUAUCAUCUGAUGAUGCUGUUGUUAAAGUGAUGGAUUUCCCCAGCAAAACAUAUGAACAUCGUUUGUUGGGUUCAUGUGAUGGCUUGGUAUACGGUUUUAAAGAAGGCAUUUUUUCUGUGUGGAAUCCAGCCACAAAUGAAUUCAAGAGAUUACCAAGAUUAGAUACAUUUUAUUGUGGUAUAGGAUGUCAUGGUUUUGGUUAUGAUUACAAGAAUGACGAUUACAAGUUGGUGAGUAUUCGUCAAUACACAGGUUUUUUAAUAGCAGUUUACAUUUAUUCUUUAAAGUCAAACUCAUGGAAAUCUUUUAAAUCCAAGUACGGGUUACUUGAUCAAUGGACUGGGGUGCUUUUCAAUGGAGCUGUGCAUUGGAUACUGGAAACAUGGAAAACACCUCCAAAUAGGAUAACAAUACUCUCAAUGGAUAUCAGUGAAGAGAAACUCAAAGAACUUCAACUACCAAUCGAAAUACAAAAGAUUGGAGAUUACUGUGUAAAUGUGGGAGUGGUAGAUGAGUGCCUUUGCGUACUUGUUCGUAUUGGAGAGACAUUUGAUUUUGAGUUAUGGGCAAUGCAAGAUUACUGA